CCCGGCCCCGCCGCCUCCAGGAUGGAGACAUCUAAGUGGAGGUGGAGCAGCAUCUCCAUCAGUGCCCAGUCCCAGCUGAAAGGCAUCCUGGUCCUUCUCCUGGUGGGCAACGUUGCCUUUGGGAUUGCUCAGGACUUGGCACAGACCUCCAACAGCCUGGAGGAAGGGGCAGAUGUCACUGCAUACUGGUGGGGUGAGUGGACCAAGUGGACAGCGUGCACCAGGACCUGUGGGGGAGGUGUCAAGUCCCAGGAGAGGCACUGCCUGCGGCAGAGAAGAAAGUCAGUGAGUGGGCUGGCUAAUAAAACUUGCACUGGGACAUCCAAAAGAUACCAGCUCUGCAAAGUACAAGAGUGUCCUGCAAACGGAAGGAGCUUUCGAGAGGAGCAGUGUUCAUCAUUUAAUUCCCAUGUGUAUAAUGGCAGAACGUAUCAAUGGAAACCUUUAUAUCCUGAUGACUAUGUUCACAUUUCUAGCAAGCCCUGUGACCUCCAUUGCACCACCGUGGAUGGUCAGAGACAAUUGAUGGUUCAGGCUCGGGAUGGAACAUCCUGCAAAUACACUGAUUUCCGAGGGGUUUGCGUGUCUGGAAAAUGUGAGCCCAUUGGCUGUGAUGGCAUCCUCUUCUCCACCCACACCUUGGAUAAAUGUGGAGUUUGCCAAGGAGAUGGAGCAGCUGCACUCACGUACGGCAGCUACCGGAAGGAAACUCCCAUCUUGGUAAGAUGACAUUUUGGCUAUUCCCUGGUAACACACAUUCCUGCUGGAGCAAGGGAUAUCCAGAUAGUGGAGCGGAAAAAAUCUGCAGAUGUUCUGGCUGUGGCUGAUGAAGCUGGGUAUUAUUUCUUCAAUGGGAACUACAAAGUUGACAGCCCCAAGAACUUCAACAUUGCAGGCACGGUGUUCAAGUACCGCAGACCCAUGGAUGUUUACGAGACCGGCAUCGAGUACAUCGUGGCACAAGGACCAACGAACCAGGGCUUGAAUAUCAUGGUCUGGAAUCAAAAUGGCAAGAAUCCAUCCAUCACAUUUGAAUACACCCUCCUGAGGAAGCCACACUCAAAAAAUCUGCAGCCCAUCUACUACACCUUCUCUGAGUCAGAUAGUGAAGAAAGCAGAGAGUUUGAUGGAGAUGUGCCAUUGGGCUUCAUCCAGAACAAUGCAACCUAUUUUGGGAAAAUCUCCAGGGAAAGGAUAGACUUGGAGAACCAGGUGUUUGGGAGGCAGGACACGGACGAAGAUUUAAACUUGAGCAAAGGUCAGGAAACCAAUGAGGUCUAUGAAAGAGCAGAAACAAUUGACUGUGAGCCAAAACUGAAGGGCAAACAACCCCAAGGUUCUGGUUUCUGGUGGGUUGGCUCCAAUCUAGAUCCAAACGUAACCAGCUCUACUUACCAGACAGACCAUGACGACAGAGACUUGGACUCCAGGUUCACCUCCAGGGAAUUCCUCUCUGAGAAUGCCAUCACAGACAAGCUGCUGGAGAAGACCUCGGACUCCAAGGAGCUGGUGCUCAACAUGACCAUGAACAGCAUCUUUGCCCAGGGAGACCCAAUUAACACUGUAGGCUCACACAUUGACAGCCUGUACGUCGACUACGAGGACACAGAUGGCAUUGUGACCUACAGCAUUAACAGCACUUACAUGGAGCUGAGCAAAGGUGUCAACACAUCUGCAGAGACUCCCUUUUCAAAUGCCACUGUCACCAUGACCAGCCCUCAAGGGAACAGAACCCACAAAGCAAGAAACAGAUUGAAGUUGUUAAGAAAGGGCCAAGGUGUGAGUGCUGCUGACAUGUACAGGUGGAAGCUUUCCUCCCAUGAACCCUGCAGCUCUACAUGUACCACAGGAGUGAUGUCCACCUAUGCUAUGUGUGUUCGCUAUGAUGGGAUCGAAGUGGACGAUGCGUACUGUGAUGCCAUGACCCGUCCUGAGCCUGUCCAUGAGUUCUGUGCUGGGAGAGAGUGCCAGCCAAGGUACCACCUCUCAGCUGGACGCGAGUGUUCCCGUACCUUGCGGGAGGGCUUCCAGUUCCGCAUCGUCGCAUGCUGGAAAAUGAUCUCCCCGGGCUUUGACAGCUCCGUCUACAGCGACCUCUGUGAGUCAGCAGACAUCACGCCCGAUGAACGCAAGGUCUGCAAGAACCCAGCCUGUGGGCCCCAGUGGGAGAUGUCUGAGUGGUCCGAGGUGAGUCUGGCCUUGCUCAGCCCGUGUGGGGAGCGGAGCGUGGUGACCCGGGACAUCCGCUGCUCGGAGGAGGAGAAGCUCUGUGAUGCCAGCACCCGGCCCCUGGCUGAGAAGACUUGCACAGGAACACCCUGUGACAGGCAGUGGACUGUCUCAGACUGGGGACCGUGCAGCGGUGGCUGCGGGCAGGGCAGGAUGAUCCGGCAUGUCUACUGCAAAACCAGUGAUGGGAGAGUAGUGCCAGAGUCCCAGUGCAACCUGGAGACCAAGCCACUGGCCAUCCAUCCCUGGGACAAGAACUGCCCCUCACACUGGCUGGCACAGGACUGGGAGCGGUGCAACACCACGUGUGGCAGAGGGGUGAAGAAGAGGAUUGUGCUCUGCCUGGAGAUUGUCAAUGGGAAGAUCAAGACCCGCAGCCCCGCUGACUGCGACCUCACCAAGAAGCCCAUGGAGGAGAACUGCUUUGAGAGGCCAUGCUUCAAGUGGUACACGACCCCCUGGUCAGAGUGCACAAAAACCUGUGGCAUCGGCGUGAGGAUGCGGGAUGAGUGCUACCAAGGGAAGGACAUUGUCAGGGGCUGACCACUGGUGAAACCAGUGGGCAAACAGACCUGUGACCUCCAGCCCUGCCCCACGGAGCCCCCGGAUGACAGCUGCCAGGACCAGACAGGAACCAACUGUGCUCUGGCCAUCAAAGUCAACCUCUGCAGCCACUGGUACUACAGCAAAGCCUGCUGCCGCUCCUGCCGCACACCCCCACUCCUAGUGCCAUCGCCUGCCAGGGCUGCUCCUGCCCCCAGCCAGCCCUCCCCAAACCACUUAGGGAGAGCUACACAUCCCCCAGACUGAUGUUAGAAUGCUUUGGGGUUGGUUUGUGUUUUCCCAACGCUGCAGAACUACUAUCCCUCUCCCAUGUGGAGGAGGGGGGGCUGGCAGGGCUGGGCUUGGGCUGCAGAGG